AUCUGCUGCUUGGGAUGUUACACAACAAAGUGGCUUCUCCAAUCCAGUAUCUCCGGUAUAUCCUAACUUCGUGUUUUUUAAGGUUAACGACUCUUUAAAGGCCUUUAAGAAACAUGGUUGGUACAUUAAAAAAGACCCUGCAGACCUUAAAAGCCAAAUUUUAACCUACUCUUAUCAUUGUGUACGAUGACGCAACUGGUGAGUAAGGGCAGUUUUAGUCAGGCAGCGCUGAGGUCGCCUUGGGUCCUGGAGCGGGAUCUGAUAGGUCUGCAUUUCAUUGCAGUGCAGUCUCCUUCAGCUCGCCCUCCAACCGGUGACGCCUGCCUCGGCCGUGCGGUGUGAGGAACUUCUACGAUAAAAGUGACUUUAGUUUACCUCUAACCCAGUCCUCUUCAGGUAAGUGGCCUGUCUUUUCUUCAGGAUACUAAUAACGAACUCUUUAAGAAGCUCUCGUGAGUGUUUGACCGGAGUUUACAGACACCGGUACUCUGCGGGCUAGCAGAGUUAGCUUAGCUAGCUGCACUCGGCAUGCUGCGUUUGACACAUGCCAAGUACAAGCAGGGGGGGUUUGCUCUGCAUUACUCGUCACAUGUUGCACAUUAAGUUUUAUGUUUAUUUAAUAGCCACUGUCUGGAAGUAAAAGUCACAUGACACAUUUUAACUCUACACUAUCUUUCCUCUAACCCCUUCACGGCCUAGUUAGCAGGAAAGAGGUGACUAAGCUAGCUGAUAAUGCGAAUAAACUGGUUAGUUAUCGCAUCCCGGUCAUUGGUAUGUUUAAGUUCAUUGCCACGCCUAGUUGCUCUUGCCAAUUGACGUGGAUGAGAAGUUUUAACAAUGGCUAGGCUUGAACUGGACACUCCAGUGCGGCAAAAUGGCUGAUCUCCCACUCUGUAACCUUGUCCAGACUCGUUUUAAACCGGGACCGUCUGCACUAUCACCGGACUGAUGCUAAAGUGCCAGGCUACCUCUUAUCUGUAAUUUUUAACAAAUGUCGCGGAAGAUAUAGCCAGACCUUACUGUCCUAGUUAGGUGAUAUGAGAGUUAUCUUUGAGGCUGAACAUCGGCACAGUGUAUACCAACUAAAACAGCUGUUUGAGUAAGCACACACAGAAACACACACGCACACUCUGCAUUCAUGCAGACUCCUGUGUAUGAUCAGCAGAGGAGUACCUGUGAGAUUUUUGGUUUCAAAGCUCUCCACUCAACAGGUGUGCAAACCCAAGUAGAACAAACAUUACAGCAAAUACUGGGCAUGCACCGAUCAUAAUUUCCCGGCCGAGUGUCCUACCAUACCGAUUUUGGCCGAUACCGAUUUUUUUACACCUUCAAUGCUCCAAUCUUGUUUUAAUGGAAAAACAUACAAACCUUAUUGUGUUUGUUGUAAUGGCACAUGUGAUAGUUCUCUCAAAUAUACAUGAAAAGUUUGGAAUAUAGUUGUCCAAACUACUAAAUUAUAUCAGUUCCUUUUAGUCUUUUAUUUUCCACAUUUUAAACCUCAACAAUACUUGUGCAGUAGGUCGCACUGCAGGCAAAGCAAAAAGCUACAACUGCUGACUUUAAGACCUUUGCUGAGGUAGAUAAGAUUGGUGGGUAAAAUCUGUUUCAUAUGUCAGGAUCAGUUGAUCACCAAUCCCCCCAAAAUUGAGGAAGUCGGUGCCAAUCGAUCGGCCAGCCAAUUUAUCGCAUGCUUAGCAAAUACGAUCCUCACCUAACCCUGAGAGGCUUUGUUGGGCUAUUUGAUCUACAACCUGCAGAAGCACAUUUCACAUCUGUAAAGAGAACAUUUUGCAUCACUUGUGCACAACUGACACAGUGCUUCUGUAGUUGUGUGGCAUUAAGUUACUGCAACACAUGCAAGAUAUUUAAAAGGAGUGGCUACUGUACAGUUUAGUACUAUGUAUUGUGAAUUUGAGGAGUUUCUGGCCAGCUCUAUAUUUUUGUUUUGUUGACACAAACAAAAUAUAUAUUAGUGGGAAAAAUAAUGACCUGUCUUUUCACUCUGUCUACAGAUAAAAUGGCUGUGCCUCCCUGCUAUGCUGAUCUCGGCAAAUCUGCCAAGGACAUCUUCAACAAAGGCUAUGGUAAUGUUCUUUAAAGUUUGAUGUUUGCAUACUUGUUUUGUACAACCUGCUCUGAUGUUGUAGACAUGGUUUGAUUUAAAAACAAUUUCUGCCCUCCAGGAUUUGGCCUGGUGAAGCUCGAUGUCAAGACAAAGUCAGCCAGUGGCGUGGUAAGAUCAUUCUGUCAUGUACUUUAUUUCAGCCUCAUUUAAAAGUGACAGUGCACAUUUAAGUAUCAUAGGACACUUAAAGAUAGUUUGUAGUUUGAAAACUAAGUUAUCAAUAUGUGGUAUUUUCUGGUUGGCUAUACAGAUAGCCUGCUGCCAACCAGAACAACUAGGUAUUGAAAUAAACAACUGUUGAUGACAGAGAACCCAAAAAUUUACGUACAAGUCUUCAUGAUCAAGUGUUUUGCCUCAUUUCAUAACUUUGAUAAACAGUAAACGCCUGGUUUCAAAUCUUUAAUUUUGAUUCUCUGUUUUCACCUGGAUUACCUUGUCUCAAAGUGUUUUCUUGGAGAUCUUAAUUUCUCCAAAAUUGUCUCACACAGGAAUUCAAAACUGCUGGUUCCUCCAACACUGACACCAGCAAAGUUGCAGGGAGCCUGGAAACUAAAUACAAGAGGCCAGAAUAUGGCCUGACCUUCACCGAGAAGUGGAACACCGACAACACCUUGGGAACAGAGAUCACUAUUGAAGAUCAGGUACGAGAACUGAAUCACUUCUACACCUAUGAACCAUGUCUGAGAGAUCUAGGACAGCAUUUCUUACAACUUUCUAAUGGUUGCUGUUGUUUCCUACAGAUUGCCAAGGGUCUGAAGUUGACCUUUGACACAACCUUCUCACCAAACACUGGGUAAGAUGAUGAUCGUAAAAUAUUGAUCCAUUUCUUAUUAAUUUCAAGGCAGUUUUAGUGACAUGCAAGUUGUGCUUGAACUCAUUAGUCUACACACCUAACACAGUCUGCUCUGCCUGUUUCUUCUUCAUGAGUCAUUUUGGCAACCUGAUCUGUGUCAUACUUGAGGCAAGUGUAGUUAACGCCAUGUGACCUCAGGCCAAAUAUGGAACCAGUCCAUUGUACCCUAAUACUGAGUUGGCUCUUAAGAUUCUCAUGUUUUUAUUACUUGUCUGUGUUUUUUAUUUGAAGUUAAACAUAUUUUUUAUUGUACCCCGGUCCUUAGGCAGUCACUCACGUGUUUGCUUUUUAUUAGGGUUAAAUCAAGAGAGGCAGAUGGCAUAUGACCUAGGGCGAGGGCAAGGCUGGAGUUACAUGACAGUCUGACAGUGCCACGACUGUCAGGACUAAAAAAUAAACACUAGCAGGGAGCUGUGCAGUUUACUGACCUUCUGAAUUCAGAGUAGUGAAAUGAAUAAACAUGGAAGAUCAUAUUUUCAGUCUUCUGGUACCGUGGCUUUUGAAUAUAUUCUGAUCAACUUUAUGGCUUGAAAUGACAGCUGGCACAGUGCCCUGGUUUAGUAUUACACCUGGGAGCUUGUUUAUCUAAAGCGGCAGCUUCAAAAGUUGUUGUGCCAACAACCUCACAUGCAGAUGAACAUGGUUUAAUAUCGUCUUACUAUCUGUAAGUGUCUGUCCUUUUCUUAAUACUUUGUCAGACCUUACAGCCCUCAAAACUCAUAAAAAAAACCAUGAUUGCAUGUUUUUUUUAUGCAUGCAUGGAUUAACUUGGAUAUUGUCAGGACAUCAGAUAAACCUUCAGAAUUCAUUUUCGGGCUCACCCUGGCUAUAUUCUCACCAACAGCAAGAAGAGUGGCAAAGUUAAGACCGCCUACAAACGCGAAUACGUCAACCUGGGCUGUGACGUCGACUUCGACUUUGCCGGCCCCACCAUUCACGGAGCCGCCGUUGUCGGCUACGAGGGCUGGCUCGCCGGUUACCAGAUGAGCUUCGACACUGCCAAGUCCAAGAUGACCCAGAACAACUUCGCCAUCGGCUACAAGACAGGAGACUUCCAGCUGCACACCAAUGUGUAAGUAAAAGCACCAUAACAACCAAAGAAUGACAAUUAUCUGAAAGCCAACUCAUCGAGAUCAUCCCAUAAACAGUGAUGGUUAAAAAAAAACAAAAACAUUGAUGUUCAUGUUCAUGGUGACAGAAAAAUCCAGCUACCUCAGCUCUCAGCAGAGGAGCCUCAUAAUGUUCAACCUAACAAGCAACCAUGCAGAGAAGUUGGUGGCUUGCAUUAUUUUGUGGAGGGAAUGAAUUAAGAGUUGGCAUUUAAUUAUGAUGCAGCAAGAACAAAAGGCACAAUGUUGCAAAACUUGACAGAGGUUGGCAAUCUCUUUUCAAAGCUGCAGCCAAUCGAAAAUAACCUACUUUCAUGUGGUGCUGGUUUAUCUCAGUUAAUAUAUUCAUAUUCUGUCACCUCCAGCUUACCAUGUGAAAAAACUCACUGGUUUCUGAGGAAAGUAUCGCUUUCUCAGAGGCCGACUUAACGGUUCAAUCUGCCUAUUUGGCAAAUUGAUAAAUAAAUUUUUUAUUUGUACUUGGGUUCAAUUCUAAGUGAACCCAAAUUAAAUCAAUGAGAUCAAUGUGUCUCAAAAUUCAUGACAAAACCCUCCAAAACAAAAAACGCCUUUAUGGAAAAAAAACACACAUUUAGUGACUGUAGCAUGAGAUCUUUCAUGUUAAUCAUCUCCAAAGCAAUGACGGAGCUGAGUUCGGAGGCUCCAUCUACCAGAAGGUUAGCGACAAGCUGGAGACAGCAGUCAACCUGGCCUGGACCGCUGGCAGCAACAGCACACGUUUCGGCAUUGCGGCCAAAUACCAGCUGGACAAGGAUGCCUCCGUCAGCGUAAGUAUUCAUUCAUUUUCAAAAGCAAAUUUUGAAAACACUGACUGAAUAAUCCACUGAGUUUUAACGCUCCUUUCAAUAUCUUUUGUCUCUGUAGGCUAAAGUGAACAACAAUAGCCUUAUUGGUGUUGGGUACACCCAGACACUCAGACAAGGUAAGUUGUUUCUUCCCACAAGUUUCCAGAUGGCUGAUCUGUAUUUUUAGAUUAGAUUCGAUAGAACUUUAUUUAUCCUUUUUUGGGAAGAUUCCCUCAAGGAAAUGGAAAAGUAAAAUUAAUUUAGGGUCAAACACACCGCAACACCGAGUUGGACACCCCGUCAAGAGAUUAAUGUCGCGACUGCUUGCUUCUCUAGUUAUACCAACUUAAGGAAUGAACGCAGGAUAGCAAUACACAGUGGUCUGAGGAGCCAUAAACAAACCUCAACCAAAACGCCACUCUAUAGCCACAAAUAAUGCUCAGAACAGCACCUAACUUCAUCAACAGUACAUAAAGGGUCCCAGCCAUAGUACUAGCCACCAAACAUCUUUUUAAAUUUGCCUAAUUUCUUUAGCAAAGAGACUAAACACAACUCACCCACUCUCUUCCAGCAGCCGCUUGUUUGUAGUAAGCCCUUGGGCCAGUCCAUUACGGACAUCUGCGGGGUGACGCAGCUCAAGGAAGAACAUUUAUGAUCAUUUCUUUAUCAUUUCCUUUAAGUAAUAAUCACCAUAUUAAUCAUUUUGCUCAACAGACGCGGUAGUUCUUCUGCCUUAGCGUCUUGGUCUGAUUGCAUUUCCAUGAAAGAAUGAUCAUAAAUGUUCUUCCUUGAGCUGCGUCACCCCGCAGCAGUCCGUAAUGGACAAGCCUGAGGUCUCCCUACAGACAAGUGGCUGCUAGAAGAGAGUGGGAGAGUCGGUGUUACAGUGUGUUCGACUCGAAAUUACGCCAGAAUAUCCCUUAAAGACUUGCACUAAGCAGUUCAGAUUUUGGCUAACUCUUAAAAUUACUUAUCCUAGAAGAGUUAUUUAUAGGGAAACCCAUAGUCUGCCUUUUCUAACAUCUUCUCUUUUAAAAUAAUUUAGUGUAACUCAUAAUCGCUCUCUUACCUCUUACCUGUGCAGGUGUGAAACUCACCCUGUCUGGCCUGGUCGACGGCAAGAAUAUCAAUGCAGGAGGCCACAAGCUUGGUCUGGGCUUGGAGCUGGAAGCUUAAGCCUUCCUAACACUGCAAGGGACUAGGGAAUAUCAGAAGAAUCUGGCCUUAAAUGUAUGUCCAACUCAAACCAGCAGGGGGAUAUCUUGGAGAGAUCGGUUCAAAGGCUACAACAACAACACCAACAAAAACUCGCUGGGUACCACUUCAAGCUGGUGCUCCUGUCAUGGGUAUAUUUUACCUUUUUGUUGCGUUUUACUUUGUAGUUGCAUCUAUUCAAGAGACAGUUGGUGGCAUAUAAUUUAUAAAUCAUAUUAAUGUUCCUGUCCAGCACUGCCAUAAUUAUGAAAUCCAGUACAAUCCUUUUUGUGUGUCAUCAACUCUGUGUGGCUUUAUGGUGAAAACCCCAGACACUCCGUUUUUCUUCUGAGAACAUCAGUAGACGGUUUCUAUGGUAAGCGUUGUCAGACCCUCUAUCUGCUUUUGCAAUCAUGACCAUCUGAUAUUCCUUUGUCAUCUACAGUUUUAUUUGCAAACCUUAAGUACACUAGUCUUUUUUUCCCCCCUACUAUUUAAACACAGCGGCACCCUUCCUGUUCAUGCACACAAGGACAAACUGAAGCUCGGUAAAGUUUUGUUUCGUUCCGGCCAUCAGGGUUAGUGACGUUCUGUAAAGCUUCCCCUAAACUGGGCAGUUUUUGGGUUGCUUAAAGAUGAGUUUGUAAGUCUGAGGAAAACCUGUACACUCGGCCGACCAAGCAGAAUUCCUUUUUUUGUUUUGUUUUUCUGUAAUAACAGAAAAUGGGAGCUACAUCCUAAAUGUUCACAGUAAUGCCAAACUAUCAUCGUCUGGGAGAGGUGUAACCGGAAGUGUGCACUCUUGGAAAGUGCUCCUCUGUGCUGGGCAGAGGUAAAGCCCACAGGAAGUGUUGGGGGUCCUUAUGUGUAUGUAUAAAUUUUCAAUAAAGUCUUUGAACUCCAUUAACUCAUUUCAGUAUGUGAUGUUGAAGUUUCACCACAAAUUCAUUAUCGGUUUGUUUUGUGAAUGUGAACCCUGCAGAAGGGUUGUAUCUGUCCAAGAGUGCAAUAUCAUGAGCUGUGGUUUGAGGUGCACAAAUGGUGCUAAUGACGAUUCUAGAUUUUUUUUAUGGUAGUCUUGUUCUGCUGAAAGUUUUCAAGUAGCUCCCUUUGCAGCCGUCUUUCGGUGUUAUUGAGUGAUAGAAGUGAUGCAUAAUUUUCCUGCAGCUUUAAUACUCUCUCGAGAGUCUUUUGUUUAUACUCAAACUCUGGUAAUAACAGGUGGCUGCACUCUAAAUUUAAUUUUGAAUGUCUCAGGUGGCUUAAGACCUUCCACAGAAUGAAGGCUGUUAAGUAGCAAAGCCACUUGGGACUUACAGGGAUAAGCAACACAAAUCAAGACACAACAUUGGAUAAAAACAAGCUUACAAUUAAUGGAAAUGUGUUGACUCUAGUGAACAAACUUUAAUCAAGAGUAUGUCCUGAAAGAGGUUUUUAUGGAAUUGUUUUUCUCACAAGGAAAAACUCGACUCGGAAAGUGUUGAAUCCAGAAAAGGCCUGUUUUGAAGUGAAAAUGUCAUCCUUUAGGAAAAGUGAAUUUUAAAAAAGGUGACCCAGUCACUGCCUUUUUGGUCUGAUGCUUAGUAUUUGCCUGAUUGGUAAUGCUAUUUAUGAUUAUUCUGCAGCACUAUGGAUCCAAGGGGUCAUUUGUGCCAACCUGAGUGGCCUUGUCAUGUUGUGAUUGUUUGAAAAAUAGUCAAUGUCUGGUUUGAGUUCUUGAUACUAGUUUAUUUCCUCACUUGAAGCUCCUGUGAGGAGGUUUUUGACAUCCAAAACAAACCAUAUUGAAACUCAUUUUUCAGUCUUUUUAUCCCACUGAGGAUUUUUUGGUCUUAAAGAGGUCUAAUAGAUGUCUAAAUAUAGCCUAGAUGACUGGUCUAAAAUCAGGCUACCACAGGUCUAAAAAUGAAAGUUUUUUUAGACAUCUAAAUUUAGACCAAGUCUAAAUCUGGGCUAUAUCUAUACUACACUGUAAAUUACUCAAUGGCUAUCAUUAUUAUUUUGGUUAAGUACUUGGAGAUCAGUUAUGAAACUCACAGUUGAUUUUUGAAAUAAAGAGUUAUCGAGCAAUGGAUUAAAAUGCAAUGUCUACAUUUCGUCUAAAACCAUACAGAAUCUAGACAGUUGAAAUUAGGUCUAAAAAAAAAAAACGUCUAAUAGCCGUCUAUUGCUCAGUGGGUUGAUAUACUAAAGAAAACAAGACCACCAGUUCCUCACAGGAGCUUUAAAUUCCAGCAGUAAUCAAGAUAAAUUGAACGUAAUGAGAGGCAUCUCUUGGAAAGUAAAUAAUGUGCUGAUGUUAAGAAAAGUAUUUUUUUUGAUAUUGCAUUUAUUUUUAUUACACAGCCAAGCACACACAGACAUCAAAAACCUUGGCUUUUUUCUACAUUCAUGAUUACACUAGGUUGAUGGUGAGUCACAAGUCAUCUAUUCACAUCACAAAUCGAUCACAAGUUGAUUUGAAGUUCAUAAUGGAAGUUGCUGCAAACAUCUCAAGCAUCAUGCUCUCCUUUUGCAAUGGUCACCCUGAAGAGAAAGUGCAGCGUUGUGCGUUUGUCUCACUGCUUUGCUCUGCUUCAUGCAUUGAAUCUGCAUUUCUUUGAUAAGCCAUUCAUUAUUCCUCACAGUCUCACAGUCCCUUAUGUGUCUGUCUGCUGCUGCUGUGUCAUUAUUUCAAGGCGGGGAGGUCUUUAUUUUUGUUUUUUUACUGUACCUCUGCAGACAUCACCCCCUCACUGUCUUGCUUUCACUCGCCCUCGUAAGUUGCUGUUUUACCACUCUCCAUCUUCUCAGGUUUACCUUGAAAGUUGUUCAUUUUCUCUAAGGUGUCAUUCUGCUGGGAUUUCUGAUCCUGGCUGCUCUGUGUUGUUCCCGGAUUAAACUCUUUCACUUCUGCAUUUGCUUCCUCCUUUGGUGUAACACUCAGGAUUGUACUGCUCGGCUUCUGAUCCUCGGCUUCAGGACAACCUUUCACACCAGGCGUAAGAGACGGCUCUUCAUCUCUGACUUUAUUCAUGUCCUCUGUUGCUACUUUAUCUGCAGUUUUCGCAGCUUCAAGUAAACUGGCUGCUACCGGCUCAGUUUGACUCUGUUCUUCUUCCUCAGGUUUAAAUAUUGUACUUGGAGCCUCCUCUGAAGUAUCCUUAGUCUUUUGAGACAGAGCGCUCUUUAUUUCAGCUGCUCUUGAAGCUAAAAUGGGUCUGUCAUCUUUCACUCGGUCAGAACUGCUCAGCUCUGAGUUUUUGUCUGAUUCUUCAGCCACAUUGGCCAAGCUUUUGUUCUCCUCUGCAGAGGCUUUUGGCUUUAAAUCCUCUUGUUUUGAAGUGAGGUCUUUAUGGACUGCAGUGUUAUUUUUGUUUUUUGUGUUUUCAGCCACUUCAUGGUGUUGCUGUUUUUUUCCCUCCUCCUCCUCCUCCUUCAUUCUCUCUUUCAACAAAGCUUUGAUUUCACUGCCUCCUUCAGUCUCCUCUGCCUCGUCUUUGUUUUUCUGUUCUACUACACCAUCAUCCACUCCAACAAGACUCUCAUCUUCACCUCCAUUCACUGAAUCUCCUACUUGAUCCUGCUCACCAUCAGGCUCCUGCUCACCCUCUUCCUCUCCACUGUCUUUAUUACCGUCCUCUUCCUCCUCACCGCCCCCUCCAUCCCUUUUGGCACACUCCUGCUCAUCCCCUCCCCCCUCAGUCUCCUCAGAUCCAGACUCCUCAAACUCAGACAUCUCAAUUUCUCGGGUGGUCUCUGUUAUGAUCUCCUCUACAAACUUGUACUGUGGCUCAGCUCUUCUG